CCAGUCUAACACACACCUUCACACGGGAAGGAGGAGGUGGCCCUGUGGCUCUCCGUUGGACAGUGCCAGUGCCACUUGAGACUCGCUCGCGCAUGGACAUACAAUUAUCCUUGCAAGACGUACGAGAAAAGUGUUUGAAUUUAGUGCUUUUUUUGGUGGGAUUCGAAUUUCGAGUUUCCCUUCCCGAAAGGAUAUACGAGGAAAGUAUAUUCAAGAUGUUUGUCUCUAUUUCUGGAAAGAUAUGCAAAGAGGUGAAUAACAGUUGAGUGAUUUCACGGACUGACCGCAACAGACGGAAGGAAGACCCAGAAGGAGCUCAUUCCCCCCACCUUUUCCACGUGGGGGACCAGAUAUCCUCGCGGGCACGCCCCCCUCCUUCGUCUCUCUCUCGUGGCGAAAGUACAGCUUCGCCGCCGCGCUUCGGAGAGGACAAGGAUCUCAGCCGCGUCUCCUUCGGUAUCCUUCAGCCCCCCUGCAGGAUGUUGCCCCAGGGCCUCAAGGAAGCGCCCGUCGAACACCCGCUCUCCGCCGGCGCCCCCUUCGGCUCCCUGGCGGUGGAUGACACUUCGUCGACACCCUAUUCAGAUGCGACACAGACCAAGAAGCACCCUCCGAACCACAUCAAGCGCCCGAUGAACGCCUUCAUGGUGUGGUCGCAGAUGGAGCGCCGCGAGAUCGUCAAGUUCGCGCCCGACACGCACAACGCCGAGAUCUCGAAGCAGCUGGGGCGCCGCUGGAAGCUGCUGACGGAGGAGCAGCGCCGCCCGUACCGCGAGGAGGCCGAGCGGCUGAAGCAGCUGCACCUCCGCGAGUACCCCGACUACAAGUACCGCCCGCGCAAGAAGUCGAAGGACCCGCUGAAGGGCGUGUCGGAGCGCAGCGGCGGCAAGGUGGCCAAGGUGCACCAGAUGAACAGCAUCUGCAAGGAGUUCGCCGGCAGCAUCAAGCCGAGCAGCAAGGACUGCGCGCAGGCGGGCAAGGCGGGGCUGCCCCAGGGGCACCCGAUGGACAUGCAGGCGCUGGACGACCCCGUCGGCUGGUCGCUGCCGCUCACGCCGACGUCGCCGCCGCGCGUGCCCACCAGCCCGACCACCUCCGACCUGCCCGACUCGCCCGAGAGCGCCUUCAACUUCGACGAGCACACCUUCGUCAGGUCGACGUCCUUGGCCCCGACGCAGACGUACUGUGCGAGGAUCGAGAGCAUGACGCGCUCGUCCGCCGCCUUCCACAGCGCCGUCCCGAGCGCCCUCGCGUCGCCGGGCAGCAGAAAGGCCGCGGCGAACGGCGGCUGCGGCGGCGCUUUCGGCGGCGCUCCCCCCAGACAGCCCGCCUUCGCCGCCGGCUUCUUCCCCGACCAGAAGCUGGCCAACAGCUUCCUGAAGCACGACUCCCUCGCCAACAUGAGCUACCUGAAGCAAGAGCCGGAGUUCGCCGAGCAGCUGCUGGCCCACCACCGCCAGCAGCAGCAGCAGCAGCAGCAGCACGAGCAGGAGUUCCACCAGACGUGUCUCUACUCGCCCGUCAACUCGCAGGCGUCCUUCUUCGGGCCGGCCGUCCCCGAGCACCACCACCACCACCAGCCACAUCACCACCACCACCACCACCACCAUCACCACCAACAGCACCAAAAUCACCAUCCUCACCACCAGCAACAACAGCAUCCGCAGCACCACCAGCACCACCACCACCAACAGCAACAACACCAACAGCAGCAGCACCAACAGCAGCAGCAGCGACACCAACAGCAGCACCAACAGCAGCAGCAGCAGCAGGUCCCCGUGGUCAAGGUGGAGGCGCCGGAAGCGCACCCGGCGACCCUCGACGACCUCGACAACAUCGGGGUCACGGAGCUCAUCCCCAUGACCUCUGACCUGAAGGUGGAGCUCGAGUCCCUGGCCGACCUGGGCUACGAGUCGGGCGGCUCGGUCGGCGGCGGCGGCGGCGGCGGCGGCGGCGGCGGCGGGAACGGCGGCGGCGGCGGGAACGGCGGGAACGGCGGUUGGGCGAACGUGGGCGUGGCCUCGUCGUCGCCGUCGAACGUGCUGGCCGACUUCGAGAUCAUGAACGCCUGGAUCAACUCGUGAGCGCCGCCGGGUGCGGACGCGCGCGCGCGCUCUCUCAUCGGCUACUGUUCAUGUCUUUCAAAAACUUCUCUCCUGUUUUAAUUCAACGAAUUUCGCCAGUGCGGCUGUAUAUUGUUGUUGUUAUCAUCUUAAUUAUUAUUAUCAUUAUUAUUACCGCUAUUAUUCUAUUUUUCUUAUUUAUUAUGACUGUUUCUUCGUAAGGAACUUGUUUGGCGAAGCGGAAGAGUUGCUGUCGGGAGUCAAGUGUCUGCUGAAGUGCUGUUUUAAGCUCAGCGACUCGCAUUCACGUGUACAUAAUGCAGUAUAUAUAUAUACAGUAUAUAAAUCGUUACCGGGUAUCUGUAGUAAUAGUUACCAGUUCAAGUUGAUAAGUUAUGUGCUUGCCCAGUAUUUAAGUUCUUACCUGAACAAAACUGUACCUCUAGUCAGUCACCACGAGAUCAUACUAAGGAGAAAAAGCGAACAAAACUCAUAUACUAAAUAUGUAAGACAGAUUGCUAUGCUUCAUCGAGUCGGAAAAGAGCUGUUUUUCUUGCAGAAUCUGUGUUUAAACUCACUGUUAAUUUUGCUUACGCUGUUCUUUUUUGUAUAAGGGAGUUUAACAUCUAUGGUACUUAGAUAUGUAUUAUAUUUUGCAGGUUAUGUAACGCACACAU